GGGAGGCGGCGGCGACUCUGGGCACAUUUGAUUUUCCCGCAGUCCGGGCGCCCCGGAGCCGGAGCCCCAGCAGAAGACGUGGCUCUGCGCCCCAAGCCCGAGGCGGCGCGGUCCUAGCCCCCUGAGCUCCCACGCCCCCUCGGGGCUCCCCUCCCCGCUGCGCCCCGGCUUCCUCGCCGCGGCUCCAGCCUCCCCGCAGCAGCUCCCGCACCCCGUUUCUCCGCGGCCCCCGUUCUCCGCCCCCUUCCCGCUCGCACUUCCCACGCCCCCUCUUCGCGUUCCUCUCCUCCCCUGGCCGCCCAGCCCAGGGCUCCAGCCGCUCCGGAGGAGGCGUGAAUCGCGCAGGAAUAUUGACUAAUUUGGGGUGGGGUGGGGGGACGGUGGGCGAUGGAGCAGCCCGAGGACAUGGCGUCGCUCAGCGAGUUCGACUCCUUGGCGGGCAGCAUCCCGGCUACCAAGGUGGAGAUCACCGUGUCGUGCAGGAACCUCUUGGACAAAGACAUGUUUUCCAAGUCUGACCCAUUGUGUGUCAUGUACACUCAAGGGAUGGAGAACAAACAAUGGCGGGAGUUUGGACGCACGGAGGUCAUUGAUAACACGCUCAACCCAGACUUCGUGCGCAAGUUCAUUGUGGAUUACUUCUUCGAGGAGAAACAGAACCUGCGUUUUGACCUGUACGACGUGGACUCCAAGAGCCCGGAUUUAUCUAAACAUGACUUUCUGGGCCAGGCCUUCUGCACCCUUGGAGAGAUCGUUGGGUCUUCUGGGAGCCGCCUGGAGAAGCCUCUCACGAUAGGAGCUUUCAGCCUCAACUCCCGGACAGGCAAACCUAUGCCAGCUGUGUCUAACGGAAGUGGUCUUUGGAUGGAAAGCUUCAGAACCACUGACCUGGAAGCUUCCGGUGGUGUCCCAGGGAAGAAGUGUGGCUCCAUCAUCCUGUCUGCAGAGGAGCUGAGCAACUGCAGGGAUGUGGCCACAAUGCAGUUCUGUGCCAACAAGCUGGACAAGAAGGAUUUCUUCGGGAAAUCUGACCCCUUCUUGGCGUUCUACAGGAGCAAUGAGGAUGGAACGUUCACCAUCUGCCACAAGACCGAGGUCAUGAAGAACACGCUCAACCCGGUGUGGCAGACCUUCUCCAUCCCUGUGAGGGCCCUGUGCAACGGGGACUAUGACAGGACCAUCAAGGUGGAGGUAUACGACUGGGAUCGGGAUGGCAGCCACGACUUCAUUGGGGAGUUCACCACCAGCUACCGGGAGCUGGCGCGCGGCCAGAGUCAGUUCAACAUCUACGAGGUGAUAAACCCAAAAAAGAAAAUGAAGAAAAAGAAAUAUGUGAAUUCUGGCACGGUCACCCUGCUUUCCUUCGCAGUGGAGUCAGAGAGCACCUUCCUGGACUACAUCAAAGGAGGGACACAGAUCAAUUUCACCGUGGCCAUCGACUUCACCGCCUCCAAUGGGAACCCCUCACAGUCCACGUCCCUGCACUACAUGAGUCCCUACCAGCUGAAUGCCUACGCGCUGGCGCUGACCGCCGUCGGGGAGAUCAUCCAGCAUUAUGACAGCGACAAGAUGUUCCCGGCCCUGGGCUUCGGGGCCAAGCUGCCCCCAGACGGCAGGGUGUCCCACGAGUUCCCACUGAAUGGCAACCAGGAGAACCCCUCGUGCUGUGGCAUCGAUGGCAUCCUGGAGGCCUACCACAGCAGCCUGCGCACCGUGCAGCUCUAUGGCCCCACUAACUUCGCCCCUGUAGUCACCCACGUGGCCAGGAACGCUGCAACCGUGCAGGACGGCUCCCAGUAUUCCGUCCUGCUCAUCAUCACUGAUGGCGUCAUCUCCGACAUGGCACAAACCAAGGAGGCCAUCGUCAAUGCGGCCAAACUCCCCAUGUCUAUCAUCAUUGUUGGUGUGGGCCAGGCCGAGUUUGACGCCAUGGUGGAGCUGGACGGUGAUGACGUGCGGAUCUCCUCCCGGGGGAAACUGGCUGAACGGGACAUUGUGCAGUUUGUGCCCUUCCGGGACUACGUGGACCGCACUGGCAACCAUGUUUUGAGCAUGGCCCGGCUGGCCCGAGACGUGCUGGCUGAGAUCCCCGACCAGCUGGUGUCCUACAUGAAGGCACAGGGCAUCCGCCCACGCCCACCACCCGCCGCACCUGCCCAGUCGCCCCCACAGUCCCCAGCCCACUCACCUCCUGGGUCGCCCCUGCACACACACAUCUGAAGCUUGCAGGACCCUGGAGGCUGAGGCCUCACUCUUUGUGGUCGCCUUCCCAGACUCCUCUCGGAGGGCUGGCGGGAGAUGGGGUGUCCAUGACCUCACCCCACUUCCUGGCCUCAACUUCCCACCCACACCCAGGGAACUGGGGGUGGUGGUGUAGGAGACAAGGGGUACACAAGAUCCUGGGGUUGAGUAGACUCCCCCAGCCUAUGUUGGAUAGCCCAGGACUCCCCUACUCUUACAGUCCGACUGGCCUUCUCCAGUCCCUGUACCCUCCUCCCUGGUGUCUAGUGUCCCCACUCCCUUGAGAUCCCCCGUCCUGUUUCCAUGGAACCCUAGACGGGUGGGCUGCCAGGGACGCGGCGUGUCACUGACCCUGCUAGGGUCACCGUGUGUGAGCAGAGCCUGUGGGCCAUCAGGCUGUGGUGGAGGCAUGUUAACACAGCGCCCCUUCACGACCCUCAAAGGCUCAGUGGUAUGCCACAGUGCUCUAGACAGAGCUGUCACGGGUAGCUUGUGGCAUUGAGCUGUCUCCUGCUCACCUCGGAGGCCGCUCACCUGCCGCGUGCACAGGGCCAGCCCCUGGGCUCCCCUCCUCCCUGCCCCUCAGAGGCUCUGGGACCCGAGACAGGAGCCCGGAGCCCCAGAUUGUCCCCCACCCCCACCCAGCACAGCCUCUGCUCUCUGGACCUCAGUGUCCACAGCUAUGUGACGACAGGAUUAGUCAGGUGGUCCAGAGUUUCCUGAGUCACCCGAGGGUCCAUUCCAUUCCACAUCCAGCCUCCCCAUCCCCUCCUCAUGGCCACCGCCCACGCCCAGGCUGUCCAGACUCUGGGGUGACCCCGUUGCAUCCUGUCACCCCCACCCCAGUCCUUCAGUUGUCAGAACUCCUGCCCCUGCUGUGGAAGAGUGAGGGGCAAGGAGGUUUUCACUACAUUUACCCCACCGGCCGCCAUCCUUUGCCCCGCCCCCCCCCGGGGCAGGUCUUGCAUGUGUCCCCUGUGCCGCAUGGGGUCCCCGCCUGCCAUCUCCCAUCCCACCCGCCUCUGUCAUGCAUGGUGAUGGUGGUGUUUCUACUGUCUGGUCCUGUGCCUGUCUGAGACCGUCUCUGUGGAACUUGCCUUAAACUGAAGUAAACCGGUUCUUUUAGUAGGAA